CUUUGUUAUUCCCUAUAGUUUUCAUUCAGAUAAGAAUUGUAAUGAAACUGAGAAUCUACAAAUAAAACUUACCUAACCAAAAAGUUGGAGAAUUUAGAUUAUUAUUUGUGUAAACGUACGCAAUAAUUGGGGGGCAUCAAAACAAUUUCACAACACGUUCUUUUUGUGAAGACUCUAAUUUAGUUCUAUACGCACAAUGCAAGCUCCUCCACCUGUUCAUUGUCCUGGCUUGGAGAGCGAACAGGCCGGUCUAGUAAGCGCCUGUGCCGGGUGUCCCAAUCAGAGCAUCUGCAGUGAUCCCAACAAAAAACUCGAAGACCCCGGCAAGGCACUGGUCGCUGCCGCUCUCAAGGAUGUCAAACACAAGUUGCUUAUACUUUCCGGCAAAGGAGGGGUGGGAAAGAGCACUGUGACCACUCUGCUGACGCGCUACUUGGCUCGCAGCUGUCCGGACAAAAACUUUGGCGUGCUGGACAUUGAUAUUUGUGGGCCAUCGCAGCCGCGCCUGCUUGGCGCUGUUGGCGAAAAUGUGCAUCAAUCGGGCUCCGGUUGGUCACCUGUGGGCAUCGAUGAUAAUGUGUGCCUCAUGUCCAUUGGAUUCCUGUUGGGAUCUGUGGAUGAUGCCAUCAUUUGGCGUGGACCCAAGAAAAACGGCAUGAUACGCCAAUUUCUAAGCGAAGUAGACUGGGGAACCUUGGAUUUGUUGCUGCUCGACACGCCACCGGGCACUUCUGAUGAGCACUUAUCGGUGGUUUCCUAUUUGCGGGAUGACAAUGCGCCGGAUUCAGUGCGUGCCAUUAUAGUAACAACGCCCCAGGAGGUUGCACUGCUGGAUGUGCGAAAGGAGAUAAACUUUUGCAAGAAACAACGCAUACCCAUUGUUGGGGUUAUCGAAAACAUGAGCAGCUUUCGAUGCGGGCAUUGUGGCAACAGCUCGGAAAUAUUUCCGGCCAAGACGGGCGGCGCAGCUGCCAUGUGCGCCGAAAUGGAGGUGCCCCUCUUGGGCUCCUUGCCACUCGAUCCCAAUGUGGCGAAAGCCUGCGAUGCUGGAGAGGAUAUCACAGCAAUACGUAAUCCCACAACAGAAGCGCUGGCUGACAUCUGUGGCAAGAUCGUGAGCAGCUUUUAGUUAAAUAGUGUUUUUAAAACGUUUGUAUAAGAUGCGAUAACUGUUUUCAAUAAAACUAAGUAUGUUAUAA